UAGGUGAUGCACACUGACUGGUCUAGUGUACUAUAUAACGGUUACCAGAAUUUGCAUCCGAGGUGACGGGACGACCGGAACUCCUAACAUCCCGAAUCCCGCUCUGUUCUACAGUAUGUGUCCGGGAUCAUAGAUGGGGAACUCUUGGAUGAUGCCGGUCUAAGCACUGCCCGCCGUGUGUAAGAGGUGAUCUGCAUACCGGUGCUUGGCAGGCUACCUUAUGUACGUUGACUCACACAUCCCAUCUUGCUGGUUCCGCUCUGACAGAUAGCAAAUUCUCGUAUCGUCUGGGUGAUUAUACCUACCGUUUGGCGGGUUCAAGAAUGCCUGUAAGGCUACGAAAGCUCGCGCGCGGCAUCGCAAACAGCAAACAGUAUCCACACCGUCUUUCUCCAAACAGUAAAUCUCAUACGUACAACCAUACCGUAUGUGAUAAUAUCCAAGCUCAGGGGAGCAGAUGGACAGCUACCCGCCCCGCGGCGGCCCGGGACGCAGGAGAAGUAGGCAUUGCAUCCUUGUUAAUCACACUAGAAGUGUAAAGUAGACCUAAGACUACCAACGUAUCUGCAAUCAUGUACAACACCAAGGUUCUCCUAUCUGUGGCGGUCUUCGCGGGCGUCUCUAUUGCUCAGACCAGCACUCCCUUUCCCGAUCCCGCUUGUGCAAGCUCUGUUACCGCCCUAGUUGCAGCUGCUCCUACGGUCCCUGCAGAUGUCGCCGCCGCUAUCGAAGCAGAGUAUUCGGGCGGUGCUGACCCUAACCUAAACCUCCUCCAAGACCCGGCAGCAUACGUCUCGUUAUUAUGUGGCGUCGCUGCCGAAUUGCCUCCGCCAGCAUUGUCUAAUUUCAAAACAUUCGGUUCCUCGCUCCUCGCGUUCGCUGCCACCGAACUCGCGUCCUACGACGGCAUCGUUACGAAAUGUGUUACUACAGGAGCAGCUGCUGCGUCCAUCACAAGCUACAUCCACUCCAUCGCCAGCUUCCCCGGUCAGCUGUGCAAUGUUGUAGCAAGCCCUACAAACGGCACCUCCUCUGCUCCCCCUUACCCGACUGCUACGGGUAACGGCACGACCACCAGCACUGGACUCCCCACCUCGUCGAUUUCUAUGGCCGGUGCUGCCAUGCCUACCGGUGUCCUGGCUGGUGCCGCGGCCGUCGGUGGUCUCCUUGGUGCUGUGGCUAUGCUAUAAGCACGGUUGAAUCGGAAACUAAAAUACAGCAAUGCUUGAAGCCUUCUCAUUCCACGAACACUUACGAGAGGGCGGAGUUUACAAACUUACCUGACCCCCGUAUGAAUCGUGGUCAAGAUGGAUGAAUGGAUGAUAAGAGAGCCUUUGGUGC